AUGAACAUGAAUCUCAACGAUCUUGCCAAUAGGCUAGCGGCCGUACAAGGUCCUAGAGGGGCGCGCUUCUUCGGUGCUGCUCGCAAAGGCGAGAACUACGAGCUCAGGACUGAUCUGAAUAGUCAGUAUGCGGACAAGCGGAAGGAAGCCAUUCAGCGAGUCAUCGCCAACCUGACUGAUGUCAGCGGCCUCUUCCCGGACGUGCUCAAGAACAUGCAAACGGAGGAUCUCGAGCAGAAGAAACUCGUCUAUCUCUAUCUGAUGUCAUACGCAAAGACCCAGCCGGACCUCGUCAUUCUUGCUGUCAACACUUUCGUCAAGGACACGGAAGACCUCAAUCCGCUCAUUCGCGCGCUCGCGAUACGGACAAUGGGUUGUCUGCGCGCCGACAAGAUCAUCGACUAUCUCUGUGAUCCCCUGAGGAAAUGCCUCGCCGAUGAUAGUCCGUAUGUCCGCAAGACAGCCGCGAUCUGUGUCGCAAAGCUAUUCGAUCUCAAGCCAAGCCUGGCUAUCGAAAAUGGCUUCAUCGGUCAGUUGCAAGAUAUGGUGGCAGACAGCAACCCGAGCGUCGUCGCCAAUGCGAUCACAGCGCUCUCCGAGAUCGCCGACUCAGCCGAGGAUCAAGGCAUCUUUGUGAUAGACAAGCCGACUCUCAACAAACUACUCGUAGCGCUAGGCGAGUGUACAGAAUGGGGGAGGAUCGCAAUACUCUCUGCAGUCGCAAAGUACAGGACAUCAGACGAAAAGGAAGCCGAGCACAUCUGCGAGCGCGUCAUUCCCCAGUUCCAGCACGCAAACGGAGCCGUCGUCAUCAUGAUCCAUAUCAGACACGUCACUCGCGAUGACUUCCUGAGGAUGAUAACGCGCAAGAUGGCGCCUCCACUCGUUACCCUUGUCUCGUCCGCGCCAGAAGUGCAAUGGGUCGCCUUACGUAACAUCAAUCUCAUUCUACAGAAACGACCAGACACACUGACGACCGAGAUGCGAGUCUUCUUCUGCAAAUACAACGAUCCACCGUACGUCAAGAACGAGAAACUUGCCAUCAUGAUCAGGUUGGCCAGCGCCACAAACAUCGACACGCUCCUCAGUGAGCUCAAAGAGUAUGCAUCCGAAGUAGACGUCGACUUUGUGCGCCGAGCCGUCAAAGCGAUAGGUCAAUGUGCCAUCAAGAUUGAAGAUGCCGCAGAGCGAUGCGUCCAUGUCCUGCUAGAACUCAUCUCGACUCGCGUCAGCUACGUCGUCCAAGAAGGCAUCGUCGUCAUCAAGGACAUCUUCAGGAAAUAUCCCUAUCGCUACGAAGGCAUCAUACCGACGCUCUGUGCCAGCUUGGAGGAUCUCGACGAGCCCGAGGCGAAAGCAUCACUCAUCUGGAUACUCGGAGAGUACGCUGAGAAGAUCGCGAACGCGGACGAGCUGCUCAGCACCUUCCUAGACACCUUCACAGAAGAUCCUUUCCCGGUGCAGCAACAAACUCUUAGCGCCAUAGUGAAGCUAUACAUCAAACGACCAGAAAGCGCGCAAAAUCUGGUACAGAAGGUUCUGCAGCUCGCGACGAAGAACUGUGAUAGUCCAGAUAUUCGAGAUCGGGCGUACAUCUACUGGCGAUUGCUGUCAUCAGAUGCGGAUGCAGCGCGCAGUAUCAUACUUGCGCCACGGCCGCCCAUCUCGAUCCCGCAAAGCUCCUUGUCGCCGGCAAUAUUGGAUGAGCUCAUCAACGAAAUUGGGUCUCUAGCGAGCGUCUAUCAUAAACCUGCCGAGUCCUUUAUAGGCCGCGGGAGGAUCGGCGCCAAUGACGUACAGAAGAAGGCAUCAGAAUUGCAAGAGGAUCAGCUGGGCCAGAAUGCGAUCCAGACCGUCGUGGCUGGACAGAACGCAGAGAAUCUGCUCGACUUUGAUGACGAUGAGCAACUCGAGAACACCGGCUUGUCGGCGACUGCACCCUCGUUCAUGCCCGUUCCUUCACCUGCCGGCGUCGUGCCCAAGAACCCAUUAGAUGACCUGAUGGGUCUGUUCGAUCAGGUCGGACUCAAUACGCUGCCGCCUGCUGUGCCAGUCGGUGAGCCUGCCAUACAAGCCAACGCAUUUGACGACAUGCCAAACGGGAAUGCGCACGCUAUGAGACCACAAGAUGACCCCUUCGAUCUCAUAUGA